AUGGAGAUGCAAGAGAUCGCCAUCGAGGGAGAAAGUAAAGGAGAGGGAGAAAUUAAAGGAAAGGAUGAAGGAGCUGCUGAGUUGGUGGUGGAGGCCAAACCUGAAGGUACAGCAAAUAAAACAUAUAGAUUGUGGCACUGAAAUGAGGGCUUUGGUAUCUUGAGUAAAGUACAAUUGUUUCUGUGAUGAAAACACUUAAAUGAAAAACACUUUAAAAAGCAGAAAAACAAAUAUCUAAUUUCAUACUGUUUAUAGAUAUUUAUCCAGAUGUUUGUGUCCUUAUUAACCAUGUCCUUUAUUUUUGUCUAGCUCUAGAGGAAGCAAAACCACACCACUAUGACAAACUACAGAGCCCAUCUGAGAAUGUCUACGCAGAAGCUUUUUAUAGUGGUGCACCGGGUAAAAUCAAACAAGGUAAAAGUCUAUUAAUUUUGGGAAACUUAGAUGACACAGUAUUGCAAACUGCGACCCUUUCAUCCUAAUCUGACUCCUUAUAUUUAAACAGACUAUAUAUCAAUGUGAAAAUAAAAUUGGAUUUAAAGGCAAAAGUGCUUUACUUGAGUUGCUGAUCAUAAAAAAUAGUAUUGUGGUUUAAGUCUUUCACAGAAAACCAGUAAUGAGAAAUUAAAAGAAAGCAGAAGUUGGUUGAAGAAGUUUGAACCGAAUGUUUCAGAUAAUUCUAAGAACAGAAACAGACGAAACAACACUUGAAGUCUGUUGAUGGCAAAAUAUUUUUUCAGAAACUCGAUCUUUAAUGAAAAAUGUGAAUGUAUUUGUAGUGUCAGUCUAAUCAGAAGGCUGAAAAUAUCUGUAAGCACUCACACACACACACACACGUCUGUAUGAUUCAAGACUGUUAUUGCAAUAUAACUAAUGAAAGCUGGACUCCAUUUAUCUGCUUCAGUUACAUCUGAUCAUGUUUCACUGCUAUUAUACUUCAUACUGAGAUUAACUGAUUAAAAUACUGCUGUGAAAAAAAGAAGAAGCACGAGGACAGCUUAAAUUUAAAAAAGAUUUUAUGUGAAAUGUAAAUUAUAUAAUGUAAAUGUUACAUUGUCUUGAUGGAAAAACGGAUCAAUACCCGCAGUGCUUCACUACAACACACUGAGUCAACACAGACACUGAAGCCUCAUUUACUGCCCUGAUAAUUACAUUAUUAGUCAUCUAAAACUACAUUGACAAAUUCACAAUUGUUUCAGUUUUUGUUUAAUCUAUUUCGUUCUAUUUUGUUAAAUGGAGAAAAAAGGGAAAAUAAAUUCCGUAGCAUAAAAAUAAGACAGUUUGUGAAAUCAUCCUAAUCCCCAGAGGAAAAUACAUUCUAAUUGUUAAAACUUCACUUGAAAUGAAAAACUCUAAAGUUUCUCCUCACAAUAAUUCAAAUGUUGUUGCUAUGCCAGAAACUGCAAUUAAUUUAUCAACAACAAUAUGAUCUAUUCAUUCUGAGGAAAACUAUGUACUGCUGUAAUGUGUUGCACAUUGUCUAUUUAGACCCUCCCUUGCUGCAUUUGUUUAAACCUGUAUCAGUAAUGACUGAACAUGCUGUCUAUGAUCUAUGUUUGGCACAAACACUCAACCUUGAGAAAGAAAAUCCUAUCUAUUGUUUAAAAAUGGAGCGCCUGUGUGUCUCUCACUCGACCUCCUUCUUUUACAGAUAAAAAGUAAAAGAUUAAAAACAGGAAACGUUUUGGAGAAUUGAAGGACAAGCAGUAUAUUGUGUUUCACGAAUAUUUAGGAAUCAGUGAAUUCAUGUUGCAAUGGUGACAGGGCUCUGUGCAGACAAAUGGACAAGUCAGCUAAAUGAGUCCCAGGACUCUUUUCACCAUGUACAUCAAAUUUUGUCGUAGUUAUGGGGAGGAUAAAAAAUAUGAAGCCAGUGCAAACUCAUCGUCAGGUUCUGAGAUAUCUGUUGAGCUGGAGGGAGACAAAGGUAAGCCAGAUGGUUAUUUCUCGGGCUUAGCUUGAUGUGUGAUUUGUGUACAAAACAGUCUCACCAACAGAUUAUUUCUUUUAGACUCACAGACUGACAGGAAGGGAAAGACACGCCUGUACCGCCUUGCAUGUGUGAUCCUCUCACUAAUCUGCCUGGUGCUGCUGCUGGUCGUCAUCAUCCUCGGUGUGAAACGUGAGUGUCUGCAGCCAUAGGUGUCAGACCAGACAAAAACAAACCACUACUGGCAGGAUGAUCAAAGUCAUGAUGUCGAACUAAAGAAUAUAGCAAAUACAGAUCAGUAUGCCAAUGAUUUUAUCCUCAUUUUGCUCAUAAAACAGACUAUACAAGUACACAAAGCCUGUUGUUUUGCGCUGCUGCAGCCUGCAGGCGUCAUGUUUUCUCCAAAAUAACUCCUCCCACUUGCCUCUGCUUUCUAGUCCGAACAGGAACUACAGCCUGCCCAGAGAUAAAGGAAUCUACAGCUCCAAGCCAGCAGACUCACACCUGCAACUUUGAUCGGUGCCAGGCUCUGUUCCCCAAUGUCCAGCUGCAAUGUGAGUGAGAUCAGGAAGGGAAAUUAUAUGUAAUUGGUCAACAAAUGGUUCUGUCUCAAUCAACAUCUUUUUGGUGUCAGUUCUGCUUUCACAGUUGCCUAAAUUAUUGCCUGGACAAGUCUUGGAGGAAGUUAAAUCACAUGCUUGAAAGAGGGUUUUUUUCCACUUAAAUCUAGAGUUGACUAAUUUGCUUGUUCAACACAAACACAAAUUCCCACAUGCUUAAAUUCACUUUUCAAUAAUGCAUAUGGAGAAGGAAAAAACCCUGAGAAAAGAGUAAAUGAUUUUGCCCUUGCUUAUCACAUUUUUUAUUUAACCCAACAAAUGAGGCCAAAUUUGCACAAAAACUUUCUGGUGUCUUCUCUGAGAACUUUCUCUGUUUCUGUCCUCUCCCUCCUUCCAGACCUGGGCUGCCGGCAGUGCGCUGAUGACUGGCAGACAUUUGGUCGAUCUUGUUUUUACCUGUCCACCUUCAGGCUGAACUGGGAUGAAAGCCAGAGAAACUGCAGCUCCAGAGGAGGAUCUCUGGCUGUUAUUUCCAGCCCAGAGAUUCAGGUAGAUCUGAAAUCACGUUUUAGUUAAUCUAAAGUAAAACCAGGCCCAGAAUGAUUUUGGAAAGGUCAAUAAUGAUCUCUCUCUCUGUCUUUUAGACUUUUCUGACCAGCCAGGGGAAAAUGAAAUACUGGAUCGGGCUGAGAAAUAGAGGGCACACAUGGAGCUGGGUCAACAAAACCACACUUGGAGAGAGGUGAGUCUCGAAAAUAACUUUAGUUUAAUAACAAAAAUCAGUGGUGGGAAAAAUAAACAACUUUACUUCAAACACAGAUUUAAGAUUUGAACAGCUGCUCUUUACCAUGCCCAUCGGUGCAGCGGGGCAACCAAGUAUUGCACCAUAUUCCUCCUCUUGAGGAAACAGACAUUAAAGUCAUGACAUUUCAUUACCUUUGAUCAAUUCACUCAGUGCAACACAUAUGGUAUGGGACUAGGGCCGUCAGGAGAUCAGAUUUCCACUUCAGGGUUAUCGUGGCCAUGAAAUAACACAAUAACAAUACUGCUGUGUUUUAUGGAAACUUGAAAAGAAAACAGAAAGUGGACCAACACGCUACUUCAUAAACUUGACUAAUAAACACUCUUCAGUCUCCAACAUAUGUGUCGUGGAACAUCAAGACUCUGAAGGUGUCGUCUACUUGUCCACAGGUUUAUUGAUACUUACACUCUUAACUAUUAACUAUUAUUUUGUCAUUUCAAUAACAUUUUUUGACCUUUGAUGAUUUUUUGGGGAUUGUAGUUUAACCUUCAAAGACUGUGAGUUCAAUAAUUUAUCCAUGGUUAGCCCUAUGUAUCUGUUGUUAGCUUAUUAACAUCACAACACAACAAGAAACAUCUCAGAUAAAUGUUUUUUUUUUUUUUUUUUUCCAAAAAAUAAUCUCUAGAUAAGACUAAGAUUAUAAAAACAACACAUACUCACAAUGCUAUCCAAAGCAUGAACCAUUUAUGAAGAUGUUACUCUCCAAACUGUCACUAGACAUCACAACGCGGUCUUAUUCUCUUUUCACUUCCUGAUUACAAGUCAUAACUCUGUGUUAUAGUGUGUUUGACCCUAAAUUUAUUUUACGCCAGAAUAUCCCUUUAAAGCCAUCUCAAUCUCAAGUGAGCUGGUGCGCAUGUAAAGCAUGAGGGUCACCCACUUGCUUUGUGGAGGUCAAAGCUAGCAACUUCUUUGUAAGACACACAUGACAGGAGGAAGUGCGUCUCCUUUACAACCAACAUGGCAGGUAGACAAAGCUGCCAAAUAAAUGUUAAUUGUGGGAAAAAAAAAAUAAAAAAUGGAUCUGGGCACCACUUCUGUAACACCCACAAUUUAUAAGCAUAAAGACCUUGAGUGGAUGAUGCUUUAGCACUGGAUUGUUGCAAUUUCACACUUGGGUGCAAAACCUUUGCUGUAAAAUUUGACCUUCCAACAUGAAGGCAUGAAGCCAACAUGAUUCUGGUCUCCGAUGAGUCACCUCCCCACUUGCUUUGAAGUCCCUGCAAUGAGGAAGCUGCCUUUACUCCCACUGCCAGCAGACUGAUUGUAUGAACAAACAAAUACUUUGCUGGCCAACAAGAGGCCACUUUAGUGUGAACAGACCUCAUGUUGCACCCUCUCCACCUAAACAGGCUGUAUCAUCUUGACCAGGGAAAAAAGCAGAAGACACGACAGACAACUUUUUGGGUAGCAACAAACAAGUGGCAGCGGUUUCUCCACUCAGUCCCAGAGCAGAGGGCUCUGUUUUCUUCCUCCCUGACACUGAAUCCUUCUGGAUGCCCAGCAGCAGUCUUUUGCUCUGAGCCAACUGGCGCAACGCUUGCAUAGUAUCAGGUUGCAUCUUCACUAGCUGAGAGUGGCACAGCCUUUUUAACAGAGUCAGCCACAGUUGUCUUUGCGACAAAAUCAUAGACUUCAUCCUCCUGCAGAGGAAGAGCAUUGCACAGCAGGAGCAAUUAGACAAGGCAUGUAAUCAAUGUCACAUCUGACCUCGUCUAUAAGAGUUACCAGUGGGCUGUAGAGGGCAGCCAGUGAUCUGAGCUCCACCAAAACCCAUGGCUUAAUAAGUCUGCAGCAUGGUGACAGAUCUCGGUGCUCAAGCAUUGCCCCCUUGCGCUCUAUAAAUCUAUAAAUCUUCUCCAUCUGUGGCACUGAAAAUCCAGAGUGCUUAGACAGGACCCUUGCAGGACAGGUCAUAUCGUGGUUGUAGGACAGAGCCGUAUCUGCUACCAGAGAAGUUCCAUAGGUGGAAGGUUGACCAAGCAAGCUUUUUCAGCUCUAUUUCAACCCAGAUCCUGUCUAUAGCAGGGGACUGUGACGUGGUAGCCGGUGGUUUAUUUCUCUGAAUAAUAUAAAAUGAAUGAAUGAAUAUUACAGUUUGCUCUGAGAUAAAUUCUGUGAACCUGACAGGCUGUUGCUAAUUGUUAUCAGUUCAGAAGAAAGGGGGAACCCUUUGAACCAGUUGAUUUUUGAGCUGGUGGAGAAGAGGGCCACUCAGUGGUACAGUGAGAAGAAGGAUGUAUUGUCCUGGAAAACAGGCACAACAGUGGCGCUAUACUAACCCCUCAAAUAAACUACGCAUGGUUGUAAUCAUGGCAAACAUCAAGUCCCAGCUGAUGAUCUCAGAGGGCUUCAGCUCAUACUUGGCUACCCAUCAACAUGAUCCAUGUGAUCAACCAGGUUCAUGUUAUGGGACUGUAGAUUUUUCAGCACCUUUUCUACAAACGUCAGAGUUGGUCGCAAAACAAACAGGCUCCAUAAACACUCUCCUGCCAUGGACGAUCUCCAGACAGAUGUGACGUGCUUUGUGGGGAUUUAUGUCAUGCAAAGAGAGGCUGUAGUCCUGAGGAUAUAAAUACAAGACUUCCUCAUUGUGUUUGCCAUGGUGCUCAUCCCUAGCCCAGAACAUGAUUUCUCGUAGUGUACCUGUUGUGCCAGGUGAAUCGAUUGUAAUCACAGAGUGAUGUUGCAAUUGUGAUUAAACUGUUGAGACUUUUGUGUUAAACUCUUUUCUUCUGUUUGCAGUUAUUGGGCAGAUUCUCCCUCAGAUGGAGACUGUGGGCUCCUCAGCAGUGAAAGACCAGCUGAGAAGAACUGGAUCAGAGCUCCCUGUCGAGCUACUUCAUACUUCAUCUGUCAACUUUGGACCUGAAAGCAUCAGCCCCCUUUUUUUUAUCAACAGCUGAUCAAAAAAGCUCCAUCUCAACAACAUAGGAAAUCACUGUUCUUAUGUCACAGCAAAGCAAGAUCAUACUUUUAUAUUUAGAAGCUUGAGCAGCUGUUCUGGUACCUUUUGUUCAUUAUUUUGUAAAUUUAUGUGACUCACUUUUUACUGAGAAGUUUUAGUCAAUGUAUGCACUGAUUAUGGUACCUUUCUUUUGAUUCAAAACUUACUGUGAGACUUUUUUAUAAAAAUGAGAGGCGGUACAUUUUUAUAAUUUUUUAUACAACUUUAUAUCAGUUUGAUGUCAAAGUCUCAUUUUGCUUUGGCUUGGCAUUUAUUACUACUGCAGGUUUUAAUUUUUUUAUUUUUUAUAUGGUUAUAAAGAUAAAGAUGCUUUUUUAUUGCAUAACACCGCCUGAAUAACUGCACUUUUAACUUUACAAAUAAAUAAAACCAUGGGAGAUCUGACCUUGCUUGUGUUUUUCUAACUAUCAUAAAGGUUAAUAAUUGUCAAACAAGUCUUGCAACUGUUGUAUGCAGUGCUAGCCGCAUACUAUAAACAAAACUUGAUUGCCAGUUGCUUAGGAAAGCCUGUAGACAGCGAACUGAGACUUCGGGAUACACAAGAAUCAAGUCAUGGAGAUGCAAGAUAUCACCACUGAAGGAGGAAGAAAAGGAGGGGAUGCAGGAGUAGGUGAACUGAUGAUUGAGGUCAAACCUGAAGGUAAAACAUCUUUAACUUAACAGAUACACCAGGAAGGUAAAUUUAGCCAAAAGAGGGUACAUUAGGUCAUAAGGGGAAAAGACAUGCCCUCAAAAAACACAUUUAAUAUGAUGCAGUUGUAUUUUUGUUUAAAAUGCAUUCAAUAAUUUGAAGCAAAUUCCAGGUUUUUAUGUCUGUAUUAACUUUGUUCAUCUCUACUUUUGUUUAACUGUAGAAGAAGUAAAACCAUAUCACUAUGCCAGACUUCAAGGCCGAACUGAGAGUGCCAGUGUGGAAGCAUUUUGCAGGGACACUCCAGAAAAAACAGGGGAAGGUAAAGCUUAAUAUAACAGAAUUGUCUGUCUAUUAAUUGUUGAAUACACAGAUGACAAGGUUUGUUGUCGGCGCUGAGGAGGUAUUUUGCUCUUUACAUUGCUGCGAAUUAAAAGGAGUGUCAUUGAGGAAGUCAUGAUAUGAAUGUUCUAAAGAAAACAAAUGGAAGCUUGGUAAAGAAAGCAGAAGUUCAGUAUCUGUACAACAAUUAUUUCUGGAGUGAAAAACACUUCAAAAAUAAAAAUAAAAAUAAAUACCCCCCCCAAGAUAUUUAUUCAUUUGUUUGUGUCCCUAUUAGCUGUGUCCUUAUUUUUUUCUAGCUUUAGAGGAAGCAAAACCACCCCAAUAUGAUAAACUACCGCGUUCAUCUGAGAGUGUUUACACAGAACCUUUUAUAGUGGUCAUAGGAGUCUGUCCGUGACAAACGAAUUAUUCCUUGAAACAACAUCUUCAAUGACAAAUGUGCUUAUGAGACAGAUUAAAAUCCUGCUGUGAAAAAAAGAAACAUGAAUAUAAUAGUUAGUCGACAAAAAAGCAGAUUACUACCUGCUGUGCUUUGUAACAACACACUAACAUUAAAGUCCCUUUCACUCUCUCGAUUUAUCAAACAACAUUCUUUUAUUCUCAGAAGUUACAAAAACUAUAUGUAUAGUAUACAAAAAACAUGUCCUAUUUGCUCUGAAGUCUUAACAAAAACCUACAAACUCUAGACUGAUCUGUUAUGACUUUACCCUCAUUACUGCGCCAGAUACUGUUAUCAAUUUACUCUCAUAAAUUUGAUCAGUUGUGUUUGAAAGAAACUUUUAUCAAGUAGAAUAAAAUCGAGUUGACUGUGCUCAAUGUGUUACACGUUUCCUGCAUUUUAUCACUCCCUUUUCACACGCAAAGUUAAACCCUCUAUCUUUGUUGUCUGUGAUCUGUGUUUGAUAUAGACGCUUCUCUAAAAUGACCCUGAGAAAGAAACCCUAUCUGUUGUUCUGAAUGGCAGCAUCUGCAGGCUUUUAUUGUCUGUGUGUCUCUCACUCGACCUCCUUCUUUUACAGAUAAAAAGAAAAAGAUUGAAAACAGGAAAAGUUUGGGAGAAUCGAAGGACAGAUAGUGUAUUGUGUUCCAUGAAUAUUUAGGGAUCAGUGACGUCGUGUUGCUAUGGUGACAAGACAAGGAAGGGGGUGUCUUAAAAGUCCAGGCAGACGGAGCAAGUCAGCUAAACGAGUCCCAGGACUCUUUUCACCAUGUACAUCAAAUUUUGUCGUAGUUAUGGGGAGGAUAAAAAAUAUGAAGCCAGUGCAAACUCAUCAUCAGGUUCUGAGUUAUCUGUUGAGCUGAAGGGAGACAAAGGUAAGCCAGAUGGUUAUUUCUCGGGCUUAGCUUGAUGUGUGAUUUGUGUACAAAACAGUCUCACCAACAGAUCAUUUCUUUUAGACUCACAGACAAAGGAAAAGACACGUCCGUACCGCCUCGCAUGUGUGAUCCUCUCACUAAUCUGCCUGGUGCUGCUGCUGGUUGUCAUCAUCCUCAGUGUGAAACGUGAGUGUCUGCAGCCAUAGGUGUCAGACCAGACAAAACAAACCACUACUGGCAGGAAGAUUAAAGUGAUCAUGUCGAAUAAAAGAAUAUAGCAAAUACAGAUCAGUAUGCCAAUGAUUUUAUCCUCAUUUUGCUCAUAAAACAGACUAUAUACAAGCAAACAAAGCCUGUUGUUUUUUCACUGCUGCGUCAUGUUUUCUCCAAAAUAACUCCUCCCACUUGUCUCUGCCUUCUAGUCCAAACAGGAAUUACAGCCCCCUGGGAGAAAGAGGAAUCUACACCACAGAGCAAGCAGGGUGCCCAAACCUGCAGCUUUGAACAGUGCCAGACCCUGUUCCCUGAUGUUCCGCUGAAAAGUGAGUGAGAUACCAGGACAGGAAAUUAUAUGUAUCUGGGUCAGAGAAAAACAAAUGACUCUGUCUAGUGUCAGUUCUGCUUUCACAUGUGCCCAAAUCACUGCCUGGACAAGCCUUGGAGGAAGGCAGAGCAUGUGCCUGUUAUGAUAGAGGACUCUCCAAUUAAACCGAGAGGGGGCUGAUCAGUUUGUUUGAGAUUGCUCUGUCAUUAAACACAGGCAGUUUAUUCAUGCUCAAAUACAUCAUCUUAUGUCAGACAAAAUUAAGAGGGAAAGAUUACCAUGAAGUAAAGCAAAUAGUCUAUUUUGCUAUUCAUUAUCAUACGCCAAAUCUGCACAAAAGCCUCCUGGUGUCUUCUCUGAGAACUGUCUUUGUGUCUGUCCCCUCUCCUUCCAGACCUGGGCUGCCGGCAGUGCGCUGAUGGCUGGCUGACUUUUGGUCGAUCUUGUUUUUUCCUGUCCACUUUCAGGCUGAACUGGGAUGAAAGCUACAGAAACUGCUACUCUAGAGGAGGAUCUCUGGCUGUUGUUUCCAGCCCAGAGAUUCAGGUAGCUCUUUUGUGGUAUAGCCUACUGUGCGAGUAAAACUAUGCUCAAAAUAUUUUCUAUAUGUGUCAAGGAUGCCCUUUCGCUUUCAGGGUUUUCUGACCAGUAAGGGGAAGAUGAAAUACUGGAUCGGGCUGAGACAGAGAGGACUCACAUGGGGAUGGGUCAACAACACUGUGCUUGGAGAGAGGUGAUUUUAAGAAAUGGACAAAGUCACAAAGCAACAGGAUGAUGUGUUUCAGCAUAUUUUACGUUUUUUUUUUUGUUUGUUUGUUUGUUUUUUGUAGCCCUUUAAUGCCUGACACCACAAAAUAUGGCCAGAAAAUUCAAUUUUUUUUAAGCUGAAAUGUUUACUUGACUUACUAAAAACAAAAAACAAAAAAACUAAAUGUCCUUAAAAUUAAACACAUUUAUUUAUUUUUCUCGUUUGAUAGAUUGACAUCCCCAUUAGAUGUUUUUGGAAACUGAUAAACUACAAGAGGACAUUUUUUUAUCAUUUAUCAGACUGUAUUCAGGUGUUUUUUGUUUUUUUGUUUUUUUUAGUAAUUUGUUGAUCAUAUUGAUUUGAUAGAAGUAUAUAAAAGAAUAUAUCAAAUAUGAUACAAAAGGCAUUAAAGGGUUAAUGACCUUGUCCAUGCUCUCUUUUCCCCUUCAUUUAUAUCAGCACAGUUCUUCAAGUAUCAAAUUUAAUGUCUAUUUCUAAGUUUCCUCUGAAGGUUCCUGGCAGCACAGACACAUACGAUAUUUGCUCCUCAUGCAACUCCACUGUUCGCAGAAAGAAGUCCAGCUGUAUGAUGCCUUGUUAAAAACCUCUCUAACCUCAGAGCACAUUAAACUUACUGGUAAAAUCUCAGAAUUGCUCAUUUAUAGUCCUCUUCAACACGGCAUGAUGUUAAGUGUGUAAAUUAUGGUCCAGCUAAGAAUAAAAUGAGGACUAAAGUGAGGCAGUCUCUUUGGUGCUCUAAAAGGUGCUACUUUGUGGUUUCUGCUAUUCGGUCAAUUUUAACAACAAAUGUUAAGUCCCUGUUUGUAUAUACAGACACUUAAAUGACUCAGCUGUACUUUUUAGCAAGGAUAAUUUAUAUAAACCUUAUUUUCAAACAUCCUCUUUUGGUGUCUUAGUCAAGAUGAGUUAACCAUGCACCUUGCUGAACUAGCGCUAGCAUUAGCUGCUAUUAUUUGUUAGCACCAUGUGCCUCUUGAGUGCUCACCCCUCAGCUGUGGUGGUGGCAGCAUAAAAACCAAAGGGUGAUGUUACAGUGGCUUUAUUAUCUUGUUUGUACAGUGUAUGCAUACUAAAACAUUUUCUCCUCCUUUGUUUGCAGUUAUUGGGCAGAUGUUACCUCAAAUGGUGACUGUGGGAUCCUCAGCAGUGACGGUCCAGCUGAGAGGAACUGGAUCAAAGCGUCCUGUCAAUCUUCCUCCUACUUCAUCUGUCAGCUGAAAUCCUAA